GUGCCUUCCUCCCCGACACCAGAACCUCCUGCUCGGUCUCAGCGUUCCCGGCCCGGUCCGGAGGAGGCGGCGGGGCUGAAGGAGGAGGACGAUCCGAUGGGAGGAGGAGGAAGAGGCGUCAGAACCGCAUCCACCGCCGCCGCCGCUGCGGAACCAUGAAGACGCCGCACCGCGCGGCGGCCGCGGCAGCUCGAACCAAGCGGAGCUGAACCGGAGAAGAUGAACGAGGAGCCGCGGCCCGACGACGACAGCUACAUCGUGCGGGUCACGGCGGUGGUGAUGACCCGGGACGAGUCCAGCGGCGGCUGGCUGGCGCUGGACGGCUGCCUGAGCCGGGUCGGGGUCUGCCGGCUGCGGCCCGACGGGCUGCAGGGCCGGAACAGCUUCCUGAUCCACGGGGAGCGCCUCAACGACCGGCAGGUGAUCCUGCAGUGUCUCCUAAGGAAAGACCUGGUCUACACCAAGGCCACGCCCACUUUCCACCACUGGCAGCUGGACAGCAGGAAGUGCGGCUUGACCUUCCAGUGUUCGUCCGACGCCCGCGCCUUCGACCGCGGCGUGAGGCGAGCGCUGGAGGACCUGGCAGAAGGUACGGGGACACCGCUGCCGAGGGGACACGAGAGGGGGACACGAGAGGGGACACGAGAGGGGUUAGCCUGGGAGCCCAUAGGACUGCCCUCUACUGGACGCUCUGGGCAUCACAACCUGAUGUACCUGGAUGUGUCUUCAGUUCUUCCAUCUCCUCCGUUUGUCCCGCAGACGGCCACCGACAGCUCGUCCAACUCGUCUCAGAGGAGAGAGCCCGCCAUGCAGGGGGCGCCGGCUCACUUCUGCGAGCCGCGCCGGCACCACUGCAUCCUGGGACAUUUCUAUGAGCACCACCGGCCCUCGGACCACUACUUCCUGGACCCGGCGGUCCACAUCUUUCCUCGUCACCCCAGCUUCCCUCUGGAGGAUCAGGAGGUCGUUCGCUUCAGCCCCCGGGAGCGCAGCUGGCUGACCGGCUACGAGGACUACCGUCACGCCAACGCCACUCGAGACAAGCUCCCACAGCCGCGCAACCCGGACACCUGCGUGCAUUUCACCAAGAGCGACGCGCCCAAACGCGACUACACGUACCCGUACCCGCUGAGCUGCGGCGUGCAGCGGGGCUUCGACAGCAAGCCGGGCCGCCUGGAGGCGGGUGGCGGCCGCAGGGCGGUGGUGACGCUGCAGCCGCGGCCUCCGGCGUCCAAAGGGAAGUGUCACCUGGAGGACGGGGAGCGGCUCCGCUGCGUCUACUGCCAGGACAUGUUCAACCACGAGGACAACGGGCGCGGCCAGUGCCAGGAGGCGCCGGACCCCAUCCAGACCUGCAUCCGCCGGGUCAGCUUCAUGUGGUGCGCCGACAGCCUGCUGUACCACUGCAUGUCCGACCCAGAGGGCGACUACUCGGACCCCUGCUCCUGCGACACCAGCGACGAGCGCUUCUGCCUGCGCUGGACGGCGCUGGUCGGCCUGUCGCUGCUGGCGCCCUGCAUGUGCUGCUACGCCCCCCUGCGGGCGUGUCAUCGCUGCGGCGUGGCCUGCCGCUGCUGCGGCGGCAAGCACCGGGCCGUGGGCUGAGCCGCGGAGGCCCCGCCCACUCAGCAGGCCCCGCCCACUCAGCAGAGACCGUCACCGCUGUUCUUUCUGUUGUUGAUGUGGUUCAUCUGUAGAAGGAAGUGAAACUUCGUGUCAACUGUUGUGCUUUUUCUGUCACUCUGAGGACCAAAAUGUCUCCAUGAAGGUUUGGACAUUUGGAGCCGCCAGGUUUCACGUCACCUGGAGAACGUCCAGGAUUCCUGCAGGUCAGUGAAGGUGGAGCUGAGUUUGUGGUGGUGCUGUUCAUCUGGAAGGAGCUGCUUCAUUCUUUUGUUCAGCCAGAAUAUCACAGAAACUCAGACAUUUAUUCUGCACAGAGGGAUAUUUCUGGCUUACAGCUAAUUAUACAAAAAAUUAGAAAACUUCACUUCCAAAACUCCCCAAACCUUCAGAUGAGCUCUUCACUAUUCUCUCACUGUUGUUGCUUGUUCAUCUUUUCUACACAUUUUCUCCUUCCACUCAAUCUUUCCUUGUACAGAGGGCUGUGUUAGCCCCGCCUUGUUGUCAUGGCAGCAGUCUUCCUCAUGACCGAAUGGAUCGUUUUGUUGGUCUGGUGGUUCCGGUUUUUCAAAAUCUGAACAUGAAAACUGAAACUGGACGUUUAUCCCUCUGUGUGGCAUAAAUAUGGGACCUGAUUGAAAUUUACUUUUUUAUCUUUCUAGAACUUAACUUGGCAUUUUGGAAAAAUAAAGUAAACAUUAGUCACUGAAAAGUCCAAGAUGGCCACCAUGGUUGUGAAGGAGAAACCGUUACAUUUAACCCUUAGCUCACAUACACUACAGACUUACAAACAUUAGCAGAGAUCAUGCUAACCCGCUAAACACAAACAAUUAGCAGAAGCUAACCAUUUAGCUGCUAACUUGUAUGAGCAGGAUGACCAAAUUUAAAAACAGUUGGUGACAUGAAAUUCAUCCAAGUCACGAAAAUGGUUAACAUUUAAUGGCAAUAACUGGUUUAAAACGCUCAAAAAUCAUGACGGCCAUCUUGAAAAAUGGUCGUCAGCCUGAAAUCCAAGUGGCUGAUGGGAAAAAUGAAAAACCGAAGACCUGAAUUUUUAGCUUGAAUCCACACUGGAUUUUUUUACAGUAGAAUGAUGCAUUUAACUGCUUAUUGUAAUGGAGAAUCCUGGUUUAUCACCAACACACACACACACACACACACACACCAUGGCGGUAGGUGACGGGUGUCAGCAGAGGCGCUGUGCUGAAAACCAGCCGGUGAGUCCUCAGCUCAGCCGCCCGGUUCUGGAGCAGGCCGUCCAAAGGGCCCAGGUUCCUGAGAAUGGAUGAUUUUGGAGGUUCUGCUCUGCGGUCUGGACCCAGCAGAUAACAGGAACAGAACCCGGGUCAGAGAGCCAACAGAAACCAGAGCUCAAGUUUGAAAUCUAUUUUUUUAUUGGUGUAACGGCAGCUCCCUGCCAGCACUUCACAGCAAGGCCACACCUUAUAUUAAUAUAGAUAUUUUUGAUGCAACAGAAACUGGGCGGUAAGGGCAGCAGCUCCGCAGCAGGACGCGGUCAACUCGCCAUCGGGUCAGAACCCGGCGGGGAAACGAUCCAGAUGUUCCUGAAGAUCGACAUUUAUUGACGUUUCUGGGCUGAAUGUGUUUCUAAGUGUAGCUGGACGUCGUUACAAAUGGCGUUUGGGAAAUUCAUCCGUGGUUUUAAAGUUUAACAGACGAUGAGUUCCGGUCCGGUCCGGUCCGGUCCGGUCCGGUCCGUGUGGCCUAGCUUAGCAGCGCCUGCUAGCGCCUAGCUUCCUGGUUGUCCUUGAUGUUCAUGUGCAAAGUGAUCCAGUUCCUGUAAAGUCAUUAGCAAUGCUAGCAGUUAGCAUCAUGCUAGCAUAGGCCACAUGGUGCUGAGGUCAGUUCCAUCUGCUUUUCCAGAUGUUUCCUGGUACAGACUGUAAAGUUGGUGGAAGGAAAACAUCUGUGAAAACCGUGGGUGUUGGUUUCCCUCCAGAGAGAAGCAGCAGUCUGGACCGUCAUGUCCGCCAUCAGAGACGAGUCCCCAAUUAAAAAUGAAGCGUCCAACAGGAAGUGUGUCCGGCGUCUGAGAAGCCACUUCCUGUCCAUGUGUGGGCCGCUCUCUCCAGGGAAAGUGCCUGAAGCCUCUUCAUCAUGUCUUCAUCAGUCUAAUAACUAUGAUGAAAAAAGCAAAGGUCCAUCAGUUUGUCUUUUUAUACAUAAUUACAUUUAUACCAGUGUAAAAACGGAAUAUAUGAAUAUAUACUGUAUAUGUAUAUGUAUCAGGUCAGCAAUGUACAUUUUUCAGUUCUAUUUUUUUAUUGUUUCUAAAAUGAUGGAUGUCAAAGAUACAAAGAAAAAGACUAAAAUCUGAAAAAUAAAAUAAAAGCUCAAAUUUACUGA